GGAGGAGGAGGGAGGAAGAGCCGUACGGGUUCGCAGGCGGAGCUUCUUCCUCCAGUACCGUUGGAAUUCGCUGCGUGUAUUUUGCUGGAAAGGAAAAAAAAGGAGAAAGAGCACAGAGGAAGAGGGGAAGAAGGCAGAUGUGAGCUGAAGGAACCCGGUGAAAUCCGCUACGAUGUGGCAGCCUGCGACUGAGAGACUGCAGCAUUUCCAGAACAUGUUGAAAUCAAAGCUGAAUGUUUUGACACUGCGUAAAGACUCGUUACCGAGUGUCAUCUUCCAUGAACCGGAGGCCAUCGAGCUCUGCUCCACAACACACACCACUAAGCCACGCACACAUACUGGUUAUAAGGUGACCUAUCUAGGGAAAGUGACAAUCCCCGGCUCCAAGUUCCUCUCAGGCUGCACUGAGUCUGCGGUGGUGGCAUUAUGGGAUACAAAGUGCUCAUCAAUCGCCAUGGAUGCCUUGCUGGAGAUCCGACCUUUCCAGGUGCGUCUGCACCACUUGGGUGGGCGGAGUGAGGCGCCAGACUCAGUGGAGACAUUCCAGGUGGCACGGAUCGCAUACUGCACGGCGGAUCACGAGGUGAGCCCGAAGGUGUUCGCGUUCAUCUACCGGCAGAUCAACGAGGACCUGACAUUCCAGAUGGACUGCCAUGCUGUGGAGUGUGAGAGCAAGCGUGCUGCCAAGAUGCUCGCUCACACCAUGAUGGAUGCCUUCACCAAGACCUUCCACUCCAUGCGGACCGACGGGCGCAUCCACCACUCAGGACGCGAGAUUCCUGAAGACUCAAAUCCAAAUCCUGAUGAUGGCUGAGGCUGAGGGCCGAGGGGAUGGGACCUGUAGGGGGAAUGUGUGAUCCCAUCUCUGUUUCUGUCUUUGGUGGGAGUAAAGAAAAAGAAAUCAAAAUGUUCUCUUAGCUCGCGGCUAAUAAAUAAUUGCAUCACUGCAGCCAUAUUGCUCACAAAUCUUGUUAUUGUUCUAGAAUGUUGCAAUGAAAAAUUGAUCUAGAACAUGUAUUAGAACAUCACAAUGGACUGUUGUUCUCAACUGCUGCGAUACUAUAUUGUUUCCGAAUGUUGCCAUGGUUGUUCUACAAUAUUGUGAUCCAGGUGUGUUCUAGAAUACUGUUAUAGAAUACUGCAUUUAGAAUAUUGGCGAAUAUUGUGAUAGCGGUUCUGGAAUAUUGGAUUAGGACAUUGCUCUCAAAUUCCAUCACAUGAUGGAAUGUGGUGUUAGAUGAAACAUUGUUCUAAAUUAUUACAUGCCUUGUUCUAGAACAUCUCAAUGAAAAACUUUUCUAGAAUAUCGCAACCCUUGUUAUAAAACAUGUAUCUAAAUUAUUUUUAAAAAAGUCAGAUUGUUUUACAUUAUUUUUGAACAGUGUUCUUGAAUGCCUUGCUGUAAUGUUGUUCUAGAACAUUGUACACACUGUUCUAGAACAUUGUUUUAGAAUAGAACAAGCUUUUUAUGGAGCGUCAAAUAUUGGGAGCGUUGUUCUAGAACUUAUGAAAGAUUCUUCCCGAAUAUUGCAUCAUGAUGCAACAUUUGUUUUAGAAUGUGAUGGAUUGUUGUUCUAGAAUGUUGCUAGCAUGCUUCUGGUACAUUGUGAUGGAACGUUGUUCCUCGGAGAUGGUAAGGAACAUGUGUUUUAGAACAUUAAAGAAUAUUGCAGGCAUUUUUAAUGGAUCAUCAAAUAUUAUGUCAUUGUUGUAGAACAUUGUUAUGAAAAAUUGUCCGGAAUAUUACAUCAGGAUGCAGCAUUAUUUUAGAAUGGUGUGAUGGAAUGUUGCAUACACCGUUCUAGAACAAAAGUGAUCAAGAUUGUCACAUUGCAAAUAUUCUGGAAUGAUGCUUCACCAUAUGAUAAAAAUUAGUUCUAGAUUAUUGUUUUAGAAUGUCACGAUUAACCAGGAGUGACAAAUCACUAGCCCAGGUGCCCAGUAUAAGCAGAUUACUUCUCCAUGCUAUCAUUUUUGUAGUUGUAGUUCCCUGGUGGUCAAGUAGGUUCUAGACGCAGUCCACCAACCACAGAAGAAAAUGCCAUAUUGACUUUCAAAAAGCUAUUUUUUUUAAACGUUAAUAUGUACACUUACACAUAACACACUGGAAUUGGUUAAAUAAUUUUAAAUUAUACCCAUGACGUUUACAUUAUUUAAAACAUGAACAUAAAAGCAUGUCAGAUGAAAUUAAAAUACAGAAAAGAGCAUCACAAUAAAUUCUGCAAUUAAUCAUGUAAUUGAGAAGAUCACAGGACAAACAAUCUACAUUUUCCUUUUUCCAUGAAGGAGAACAGAUUUGAAAAGAAAUGUACCUAUGGUAGUGUGAACUAGGCCUAUGGCUACAAAGAGUUGUCUUCAAGCUGGUAAAUUUGAGAACUCAUUUGAGAAUCCAUUUUCAUGUCACUGCACAUAACUAGAUAAAUACCUUGUUAUACUUCAGGCUAAAUUACAUUAACUCCCACUUUUUAGCCUAGUUAAUAAGUUUCUAGACAACCAAAUAAAAACUCUAACUCAUGGAUUUAUGAUUUGUCCACCCUGUAGGCCAUUUUAUAUUCCGAGUAUUCUGAAUAUUGUGAGAAUUGGUCCAGUACAUUGUGAUGGAAUGUUCUUCUGGAACAUUGUGUACAUCUUUCUACAACAUGGCGAUGAAAAUUGUUAUGGAAUACUGUUUUAGAAUAUCUCAGCAGAUCUUUGUAUAUCAGGAACAUUGUGACUGAACGUUCUGGAGCAAUCAGUUGUUUAAUCACAUCGCAGUGGAACAUUGUCCCACGAUGCCAAAAUAGACGUGUUUUUAGACGUUGAAGCAUUAUUCUAGAACAUCAACAGUGAAACAAUGUUGUAGUACAUAGCUAGAUCUUUGUUGUAGGACUUUUCAAGGGCAUCAGAUGAAUGAUGUGAUGGAAUGUUGUUGCAUAAUAUUGUUAGCAUUGUUAUUGAACAGUAGAAUUUUCAGAAUGACCACAAGCCUUGUUCUGAAACAUUGGUGAAAGCUGGUUUGAGAAUGUUAGAUUGUUUUAGAAUACAGUUGUACUGGAAUGUUCUAGAGCAUUGUACAAUGUGUUCUACAGCAUCAUGAUAAAACGUGAUAAAAUGCCAAGAGGAACGUUGUUUUAUAACGUUGUGAUGAAAUAUAUUUUUCUAGUACUGCGAACAUUCUAUACUGUGGACAUUCUUCUAGAAUGCUGUAAAAGAAUGUUGUUGUAGAAUGACAAUACAUUCCUGAACAUUGUGAACGAAUACAGUUGAGGAAACAAUAGCUCCCCAUAUACAGAAAGCCGCUGUGUGUUACAGUAACUGUAUGAGUGGCAGGGCUUUCCUGUCUUGCAUUCUCCUUGGCCAAUAGGAAUCUCUGGAAUUUGUUCCCUCUUUCACACAGUGUUCCCUGAGUAGCCAAAGUUCUUACCCAAUAUGUUUUUAAGAAAUUGCGUUUUUAACAGCCAGAUGUGUAUGUGCAUGUGUGUGUGUGUGAGAGAGAGAGCGAGAGAGAGAAAGAUUUGUACUAAAGACCAUGGGCAAAUCUUUACAGAACAGUUUUUUUGACAACAGUAUUAAGUGAUGCUUUGUGUGUGUGCAUGUGUGUGUGUGUGUGUGUGUGUGUGUGUUUGUGGAUUGAAGUGAUUGACAGAUUUUUUUUCUCAGCCACAUCAAUCGCAGUGUGUAAAUACAGGUUCUCCACUACGCUGUGUUCAGUUGUAAAAGUUUUUUGCUGUUUUAUUCCCUCUGCUUUGACCUGCCUGGCUGCAUUCCAAACGCAAGUGUACGAUAUAUGUGGCUUUAUUAUGAAUCAUUCUCGCAAGUGCUGGUGACUGAGAACUGUUGUUUGGGAAGAAUUACACAAAGCCUGGUACUUAAUGGGCUAAUGAUGUGGGCUAAUGAUGUGAUCUACUUAAAUCAGCACACAAGAUAUGUAUGAGCUACAGCCCUAUCUUCCACAUAAAUGAAUUAAGCUUACGCACUGCAUCCACUGUGAGUCAGACUGUAUGAACACAAUGAACAGGUUUUGGUAGACUGUGUUUUGUGUGUUCCAUCCUUAAAAUGGCUGAUGUUCUUCUUAAGAACACUAGACAUGAACUCUAGCGUUUGGGAUGAAGCCUUAGCAUGAAAGACAGUCCAGUUUCUGUCUCUUGUUGAGCAGUGUAUCUUUGAUAUCAUGCUGCACACUUUUAAUUUUAAGGUACCUGUUUAUUAUUAUUAUUUUUUUUGGUUAUGUUCACAUGAUUUGUGGAUAUAUUUUCUUGGACAGUUGGCUGUGGAACAUGUUCACACACACACACACACACACACACACAUACACACACACUGCUCCAAAUGAAAAAUGGAUCAGUAACUGGACUGACUAUUAGUGGAACAGAGAGAGAAAGAAAUCUAUAUAUAAAUAUGAUUAUAAAUUUAUCUACACAGUGUAUUCAUGAAGCCUUUGUUUAUACAGAUGUAUCAGUUCUCUAUUAUUACAGUCAAAUGUUUAUAGAUGUUUUUGUUUAACCACAUGAAGUCAGUAUUGUGCAGAGGAAGAAUGAGUGUGCUGUUGUUUUCUGUGAAUGUUCUCACUUCCUGCCAUAGCAGCUUUAAAUGUCUGGUGUGAAUUUCUAUCAAAUAAAAGUCCUCACCUAUAAACUCCUUA